AUGGCAUACGCCUACUUGUUUAAAUACAUCAUCAUUGGCGACACAGGGGUGGGCAAGUCCUGCUUACUGCUACAGUUUACAGAUAAGAGGUUCCAGCCAGUCCAUGAUCUCACAAUUGGUGUGGAAUUUGGUGCCCGUAUGAUUACCAUUGAUGGUAAACAAAUUAAGUUGCAAAUAUGGGACACGGCUGGUCAGGAAGCAUUCAGAUCAAUAACCAGAUCAUACUACAGAGGUGCAGCCGGUGCCCUUUUAGUUUAUGAUAUCACCAGAAGGGAUACCUUCAACCACUUAACAACUUGGCUUGAGGAUGCUCGCCAGCAUUCAAACUCGAAUAUGGUCAUCAUGUUAAUUGGUAACAAGAGUGACCUGGAGUCUCGGCGGGAAGUGAAGAAAGAGGAGGGUGAAGCUUUCGCACGUGAACAUGGCCUCGUGUUUAUGGAAACAUCAGCAAAAACCGCAGCAAAUGUUGAGGAGGCAUUCAUUAACACAGCAAAGGAGAUCUACGAGAAAAUCCAGGAAGGCGUUUUCGAUAUCAACAAUGAGGCGAACGGUAUCAAGAUCGGGCCGCAGCACUCGACGGGCGGCGGGGCGAGCGGCGCGGGGGGCGCGGGCGCGGGCGGCGCGGCCGGCGGCGGCUGCUGUUAG